AUGCCGUCCACCACCACGGAGGGUUGGGGGGAAGGAAUGCCGUCCACCACCACGGAGGGUUGGGGGGAAGGAAUGCCGUCCACCACCACGGAGGGUUGGGGUCCACCAAAACUUCUGGAGAUCGUCAACACAAUUUUCGGCCCCGCCCUCAUUGGACGUGACCCCACCGAGCCAAUGGUCAUCUGGAAAGAGCUUCAAAUCCUCGCGGCUUCCACCUUUGGUCCAGACGCGUUAUUCCACGAGAAACAGGUAUCUAUCGCUGCAAUCAGCGCAAUUGAUAUUGCGCUGUGGGAUAUCAGUGGAAAAGCCAAAGGACAGCCAGUCCAUAAGCUACUGAGCAAUGUUGUCCGAUCCAAGAUAAAGGUCUGUGUAGACAUCUCACUUGAUUCUCGUUGGGAACGACGCUUUUCCUCCGAUUCUGCCUGGCAGCCAGGCUCUCCUGUUCCACAACCAGAGGCACAGUUCCUGCUCGAUCUGGGCUUUGAUACCUUCGAGAUCUCACUCUUUGGCCCACUUGAAAAAGAUAUGCGAAUAGUCCGAGCGACUCGCGGCGCAUUUGGCAGGCAGGCAAGCAUUGUCGUGAAGAACCGCACUUUGAGGGCACCAGCGGAAGAGUUAGUUUGGGCAAUGUCAACCGCAAGAGUUUCGCUUUUGGUUGAUAACCCGGCAAAAUACUCUGAAGACAGUCCAAGUCUCUCGGUGCCUGUGGCCUGGGGCGGAUGGGCAUGGGACGGAAAGGACCUUUGCAAUGGCAUGGCUGGAGGCGAUGUUGACAUCCUUCAACCAAACAUCAUCUUGUGCGGGGGCUUUACUGCUUUGCUUCAAAUCCUAACUAUUGCUAAAUCCCACGAUAUGCUUGUUAUGCCAUCCUGCGACACGCGCCACGGCUCAGGGAUUGCUCUGGCGGCUACGAUCCAGGCUUCUGCCGCUGUUCCGUGGAAGUCAAUGGAGGCCGGCCAAGAACCAAACCCGAAAGAGCCCAUGAUCAGUCUUUCGCCAGAUAUUUUGGAUGUUCGGAACCAAUUCCUCGUUCAAAAUAUUGAUGGUUCGGGCGGAUAUCUACACGUACCUGAGGGGCCGGGAUUGGGAUCAACUGUUGACGAGCAAGCCUUGAGCCGAAUGGCCAUCCAAUGA